AUGACUCAACUGAGGUAAGUAACGGAGAAACCGAGGUUUAAACACACUAAAAAGUGAUGAUCAAUUCAUGACAAGAUUGAUAUUGUCCAGUUAGUUGGAGGCAGCUGAAGAGGUCUCAUGUUAACUUCAAGUUUGAGUUUUCAAAACUACACAUCAAAAAAGUCAUGAUUUGUCUGUUUGCCUAACAGACCAUUAGAUUUGGGCUCUCAGUAGUUGUCAGUUAAAACAUUUUCUCAUUUUAGGCUAUUAAACAGCUAAAGAUCCCAGAACUUGAAUUUAUUGCUCUUCAUUUUAGAUGGACAACUUUCAACCAAAGGGCAGUGCGGCCAUAACUUAUCAUAGAAUCUUAUCAUAUAUAGAACAACAAGAUGGAAAGAGAAAUCAGUUUUUCGAAUAUUUGGCAAAAAUACAAUGUGAAUGAUUAGUUUGUCUGAAGUGGCAAAAGGAGGCUGACUGGUGUUGAAUAAACCAGCAGUAAAAAGAGAGCCAUUGGGAAGUCCUGAAAGGUUAUUAAGCUGUAAAAUUUUGGCAUUGGUCAGUUGUUGACUCUGCAGACCUCAGUGCACGUUAUUGUGUCAUAAAUAAUCUUACACUGGAGAGAUCGGCGUCACGAGUUAUAAAUCUGUGGCUACAAAUGUGCAGGAUGAGAGCGCCUGUCAUGAGGGGUGUUUUGGUUUCUCUUUUGUACAAUAAGAGGAGGCUAAGAUGCUUUGUACAUCUUUAUAUACAGUCACUCUUCUGCACACGAUAACACAGCCUAAACCAGCCAUCAGUUAGGUCGUCCCUCUCUCCUGGAUGUGCAUGUCUUUUAACAGUUUCUGUUUUGUUGAGAUCAACAUGGCAGCAGACGCUUAAUCACAGUCACCGAGGCCAAAGUGAAGUCCUAUUGAUCCAUGCAGAGAAGAAGUUGCUCCCGUAUUAUGCUUAUCUGUCCUGUUAGCUUGUGCAUGUGGGUUUAAACACCUGAAAGGCAGCAGGAUGUGAAGCAGCACUCAGACUGGUUUUCUGUCUGUCUGUGGUCCAUAAACUCCAGGUAGACACAUGAACACACUGCUUGUUUGGAGUGUGUGUAGACUGAGAGACGGCAGUGUUCAGAUCUGAGUAUUUAUGUGUGUAACUCUAUGCCAGUGUGUAGUCAAACUGGCCUUUCUCCAGCCCAUCCAGGCCGUCAGCCCAGGUGGAGGUGGGCAUGCUCCGGUACGGGUCCAAGAGGAUCCGGAAGCAUCUCACAAUGAGGAUGAGGAGGAAAACAAAGAGGAAGAAGACCAAGGCAAAAGUUGUCUUCUGCUCCAGGGACAUGGCAGCGAUGGCCGAAUCCGAAGAGGAGGAGGAAGAAGAGGAAGAGGAGGAGGAUGAGGAGGAAGAUAGGGCUACAAAGUGUCCCCCAGCAGAAUACAGCAGAGAGGAGAGGGCAGAGGUGAAGGGCUCUCCCUCCAUCAUCCGGGAAGAGAAAAGAGAGGAGGGAGCAGGACAGCAGCUCUGCAGCUCCCACAAGGGGCGCUGUGGCAUCGUCUUUGCACUGGCCUGA